AUGGAGGUGGCCAGCGCGGGCGCGCAGGCUCAGGAGGACGCCAGCGCGGGCACGCUGGCCCAGGAGGACGCCAGUGCGGGCGCGCGGGCCCAGGAGGACGCCAGCGCGGGCGCGCGGGCCCAGGAGGACGCCAGCGCGGGCACGCUGGCCCAGUUGGACGCCAGCGCGGGCACGCUGGCCCAGGAGGACGCCAGCGCGGGCGCGCGGGCCCAGGAGGACGCCAUCGCCGCUGCCGCCGCCUGGCUCAAGCGGGCGUGCCGUGACUUGGCGGCCUGCCUGCCGCGGCGGAUGCGCGGUCCGGAGGCGCGGCCCGACGAGCUGUUCGGCGAGCAGGAGUCGCUGGUGGUGCCCGAGACGCCCGAGCCGGCGUCGCCGGCGGAGAACGGCGACGCCGCUACCGCCGACGGCGGCGACUCAGACGGUGCCGAGCUCGACCCGCCGCCGCCGAGGAACCAGGCGGCGCUGACCUGGGCCUAG